AGUCCAAUGACCGACCCAAUCCCUCGACGGCCAGUCAAUCUGCCACAGUCGACUUGGCAAGGUCAUACAGGCGGUUAUCUCAUCCUCAUGACAUGUCCGGACAUCGCUUCAUGGACAACCACAUGUCAUUCGCAGCCCGAUUCCAUUCCUAUAAGAUUCCGAACCCUCUCUCCACCUGAUCAGACAGACAUGCCUCUCACCAUGCAACCAUCCCGCCAUCACCCGACCCGUCCACACCCCCCACGAUGCACCUCCUCCUGCACCUCCUCCUAUCCACCUGCACCCUCGUCACCGCCGUCGAUCUCACCGGCUACGAAUACAUCGUGGUGGGCUCCGGCGCCGGGGGCGGACCCGUAGCCGCACGCCUCGCUCUGGCCGGGCACAAAACCCUGGUGAUCGAAUCGGGCGACGACCCAGGCCUGAACCCCAACUACAGCGUGCCGGGAUACGCCGCACGCGCCUCCGAAGACCCCACGAUGGUAUGGAACUUCUUCGUGCGACACUACGCCGACGAGGCGCGACAAGCCCUGGACUUCAAAACCACGUACACGACCCCGUCCGGCGAAGACUACACAGGCCUGCACCCCCCACGGGGCUCCACCAUGAAAGGCAUCCUGUACCCGCGCGCCGGCGCCCUGGGCGGAUGCACGGCCCACCACGCGCUGAUCUCGAUGUACCCGCACCGGACCGACUUCGAAUACAUCGCCAACCUGACCAACGACCCCUCGUGGGCGCCUGACCACAUGCGCCAAUACUUCACCCGGCUGGAAGACAACCACUACCUGGGGCCCGGGGCCGCGGGCCACGGCUACACUGGCUGGCUCUCGACGCAAACCGCGCCGAUCAACCUCGUCCUCAAAGACCCGCAGUUCCUCAGCCUGCUCGUCGGCGGAGCGCGCGCCUUUGGCAACCAGACCGCACAAAACCUGGCCUCGCUGGUGCUGGGCGACGCCAACGCCGACAGCGUCGCGCGCGACACCGACCCGGGCUACUACCAGAUCCCGCUGUCGACCGCCGACGGCCGCCGCACGGGAUCGCGCGAGCUGCUCGUCGCCGUCGCCUCCGCCGUCCAUCCCAACGGCUCCCGGAAAUUCCCGCUCACCCUCCGCACCAACUGCCACGCCACCAAACUCCUCUUCGACUCGUCCAUCUCACCCCCGCGCGCCACGGGCGUGGCCUUCCUCGACGGCAAACACCUCUACCGCGCCAGCCCCCUCUCUCCCGGAACCCCCGACACCCCCGGCACCCCCGGCACCGCAACAGCCACCCACGAAAUCAUCCUCUCCGCCGGCGUCUUCAACACCCCCCAACUCCUCCUCCUCAGCGGCAUCGGCCCGGCCCCCGACCUCCUCACUCACAAUAUCCCCCUCAUAGCCCACCUCCCCGGCGUCGGGCACAACCUGCAAGACCAAUACGAAAUCGCCGUCCAAUCCUCUCUCCCCUCCGACUUCAAGAUCCUCGCCCCCUGCACCUUCACCCCCUUGCACGACCCCUGCCUCGACCGCUGGCUCUCCGCCUCCCUCCCCAUCUCCCACCGCGGGAUCUACUCCACGACCGGCUUCGGCGCAGCCAUGCUGUACAAAAGCGCCGCCGCGACCGACAACGCCUACGACGUGUUCAUCUUCGGCGGCCUCAUCGAUUUCCGGGGCUACUUCCCCCGCUUCAGCCACAACGUCACCCAACAACACAACAUCUUCACCUGGUCCGUCCUCAAAGCGCAUCCGCGCAAUCGCGCCGGCGUGGUGCGACUCAGAUCCGCUGACCCGCUUGACGUCCCCGAGAUCCUAUUCAAUUAUUUCGACACCGGAAGCGACGGGUGGGAAGGCGAUGAGGAGGCGCUGGAAGAGGCCGUCGCUGUCGCGAGGAGGGCGUUCGCGGAGCAGAAGGUUCCGGCGACCGAGAGGUUGCCCGGGAGGGAGGUAACGGGACGGGAGAUGAUCAGGAAGUAUAUAAGGGAUACGGCGUGGGGGCAUCAUGCUUCUUGCUCGUGUGCGAUCGGGGGCGAGGGCGAUGAGAUGGCCGUCCUGGAUGGCCAGUUUAGGGUCAGGGGGGUGAGCGGGGUGAGGGUUGUCGAUGCGUCGGUUUUUCCGAGGAUCCCUGGUACGUUUACGGCCGUUUCGACGUAUCUGGUUGGGGAGAAGGCGGCGGAGGUGAUUUUAAAGGCGAGGGCGAGGGGGGAAGCUGUAGAGGGGUGAUGGUGGUUAGGUU